UCAGUUGCUGCCAGCGGUCACACUCCUUGCCGUUGUCGUUUGUGAAGCAGCGUUCGACUGUGAAUACUGAGCGGAGCGAUGGGGGUGGAAGGUUGUAUGAAAUGCAUUAAGUACUUGCUAUUCGUCUUCAAUUUCCUUUUUUGGCUUGCAGGAGGAGUGGUUCUGGGUGUGGCUCUUUGGCUCAGACAUGACCCGAAGACGACGAGUGUGUUAGAGACCCACUUUGCAGAUCAAACAGCUCCCAGCACCUUUUUUAUAGGGGUCUACAUCUUGAUUGGUGUUGGAGCUGUGAUGAUGAUUGUUGGUUUCCUUGGUUGCUACGGUGCCAUCCAGGAAUCCCAGUGCAUGCUAGGAACGUUCUUUGCCUGUCUGGUGAUCCUAUUUGCUUGUGAGGUGGCUGCUGGGAUCUGGGGAUUCGUAAACAAGGAUGAGGUAGCUGAAGAGCUGAAAAUGUUCUACAACCAGGCCUCCGUGGCUUAUCAUACACCGUUGCAAAAUGCAGAGAAGAAAGAGCAAGCUAAAGCGGUGUUGGUUGCAAUGCACAAGGCGCUGGACUGCUGUGGAGCCAACACGCUAAGCAAGUUUGUGGCAGCUGAGCUGUGCCCCAAGCAGACAGGUGUGGGUCUGCUCUCUAAAAUCGACUGUCACACACGGAUUGACCAGCUGUUUACAAAGAAACUGUACAUCAUUGGGAUUGCUGCCGUCAUUGUUGCAGUCAUCAUGAUCCUUGAGAUGAUUUUCAGCAUGGUGCUGUGCUGCGGGAUCCGAAAUGCCUCUGUGUACUAAAGGGGCAUCUUUUGCUGCCACCUCACGGGAUCCUUGGUGAGCGCAGCUGAAAGAGAAGCUUUGUAGUGGAAUAGAUCCUGUCAUAAGAUGACCCCUAAACUAAUCUUUUCAUCUGUGAUGUUGCCACUUGUUGUAUAAAAAAUUUUCCUGACAUUGACGGUUUUCCUCUGGUGCCAUGCUGCAGCUAUCAUGAGUAAUUCGUGUGCAGUUAACAUCUGGCACACACCCAUCAGCUCUACAGCAAGUAAAUUACCAACUUUAUCAAAGAGCUUGUAUACUGCGGCACAGUAUGAAGACUCCUUUAAGGAAAAGGAUUGGAUGCCCAUAAUGCUGCAGGAGGGGGCUUGGUGCUCCUUUUGAUCUCAAGCCUUUGGUUCCUCAAACAGGUGAAUAUGAACACUUGGAUACUAAAGUUAUUGGAACUCAACAUUUUUUUAUAAAAAGUUUUUCUGACAACUGCAUCAGCUGUGAACCGUCUAUGAUCAGUGUGCACUAAAAUGGUGCAAACUUUCCAAAAUGAAUGUACUGAUUUCAAAGUUUUUUUCCCCCAUUGUACUGCAGGUACCUUUUUUAAAAAAGUUAUAUAUGUAUAACCUAACCAGUGCAGUGAGUAACUCGCGAAAGGGGCUAGUCAAAAUUUGUACCUGGCCUAUUGUGCUUUUUGCUCUUGCAUUACCACUUGUUCAUUUAUAUAAUUGUAGCUCUGAACUAGAGGAAAUUUGGCUGUGCGCCCCUUCCCCCCCCCCCCCCCCCCAAAAAAAAAAAAACCUGGUCUCUAGUAUUUUAAUGGCUUGUGUAUCAGUGUAAACUAAAAAUAGAUCAUCCUUCCUGUAUCGUUUCAGGCAACUUUGUCAGGGUUUCAGAGACUGGGGUCUAAUCUGCUUAACUCGCAGCCUGUGUAGUGUGGGAUACCUUCAACUUGAAGGUCUUGGUGGUUCGAAAAAUUCCUUGUAUCAGCUCUGCCUUGCUUUCAGCAGUUUUUUUUUAAACUGUAAUAUGCUGUUAGUUGUCAUUCUAAUCUAAAGGGAAUCAUUAAAAACAAAUCUGGACACUUGCACUUUUCAUAACCCAUUUCUACACUGUAUUUGAAUACAGAUAAUAUAUUGGGGAAAACUAUGCUGUGACUUCUGCCACAGUAAACAUUAGAACAUAAAUAUGAAACCCACCUCUCUAAAGCUGCUCCACAAUGUGCCUAGAACCAUAAAGCACUCCCUGCAAAUGAGUGUUCCUAGAAGUCCAAUAGAACAGUGCCUUAGUCUCCUUGCCAAACUUGAUUGAUUUCAAUCAGUUGAUCAAAAGAUGGAAGGAUGACUAAACACAAGGCUGGAUACUUACCAAGACCAUUUGCUACCCAAGAAACAUUGUGUGGUAUUGCACUCAGCUGCUACCCAUGUUCAAAAAGUAAUCAAGUGAUUAGUUAGCAGGCAACUAAUAACUGUCUUAAUUUUAGUCCUGCUCUAGUCUCCAUUGUCAAAUUUACUUCUAAAUUAGAUAGGUGCUUCUAUCAUGCAAACAGCAACUUUGUCCACCUCCCCACACCAAGUUUUAAAAAAAGUAUAGUUUUUGUUUACAAAGUGUCCAAUGACUGAUUUUAUACGUUCCAGUCUUAAAUCUGGGUCAAUAUGUACUUUAUCAAAAGUGAGGUCAUCCCAGUAAUGCAGUGAAUGACAAUUUGUUCAACGUUCCAGUAAGUUAGAAAAGUAACAAAUAUUUUCUGAUCUUUCAAGUUGGCAGUAGAGACAUGGUUAUCACUCAAAUCUGUUGUUACCCAGGGGAGUUCUGAUGAAGCACCCAUUUGCUGCUGCUUUUAUACAGCAGUGAUUUCAGAAGGGAUUCACUGAUGUCUGAGAUGGAUUGAACCAUUGUACACAUUGGAUUAUAUUAAGUGUAAUAUCCUGUAUGUUUAGCAUGUCUGCAUCCAGUGGGUUUGUAUACAACCUGCCUGAUAUGUGAAUACGUAACAAUAAAGAUCACCUCCUUUUAACACA